AAACUGCAAGUCCCACAAUCCCUCAGUUCACAAAAAGACGAGAGCUGCGAAAAAGGCAGCGGUUUCCAUUCAUUUGGGCAUCAAGAGCGCGAGAACAAAAACAACACUACCGCGUUCUUCCUCUAUAAAUGGAGGUGCGACCUUAAGGAACAAGAUAGGGUAUUUUUAAACAUGGCGAAAGACCAAGAAGUCGAGCGCAUCGCCAAAAAGCUGGACAAAAUGGUGCACAAAAACAACACGGAUGGCGCCAUGGACCUUUUAAGAGAACUCAAGAACAUGAAGAUGUCACUAGAGACCCUGCAGUCCACGCGGAUUGGGAUGUCUGUGAACGCUGUGAGGAAGCAGAGUUCAGACGAGGAGGUGCAGACUCUGGCCAAGUCUCUCAUCAAGACCUGGAAAAAACUGCUUGAUGGUUCUGACGGCAAGUCGGAGGAGAAGAAAAAGGGACUACCCCCCCUUCAGUCAUCGUCAUCGAAAGACAGUCCUGGAUCCAGUGACUUCAGUAAGAAACCAGAGACGCCAAAGACUCCCACCACCCCUACGACCCCCACAACCCCUAAGAUGACCUCGUUCCCCCCUCCUCCAGUAACCACUGACAGCGUACGCAAUAAAUGCCGAGAGCUGCUCGUCUCAGCCCUGCAGACGGACGAUGACUACAAAACAAUUGGAGCAGAUUGUGAAGCUUUGGCAGCAGAGAUUGAAGAUUGCAUCUACAAAGAGUUUAAAUCCACUGACAUGAAGUAUAAGACUCGGUUGAGGAGCCGCAUCUCCAACCUGAAAGACCAGAAGAACCCCGACCUGCGCCGCAAUGUGCUUUGUGGCACCAUCAGCCCCGAACGCAUUGCCACCAUGACUGCAGAGGAGAUGGCAAGUGCCGAGCUGAAAGAGAUAAGGAAGGCGCUAACUAAAGAGUCCAUCCGGGAGCACCAGCUCUCUAAAGUAGGCGGCACUGAGACUGAUAUGUUUGUUUGUGGAAAGUGCAAGGGCAAGAGCUGCACCUACACACAGGUUCAGACUCGCAGUGCUGAUGAGCCCAUGACCACAUUUGUGAUGUGCAACCAGUGUGGAAACCGGUGGAAGUUUUGUUAAGAAGCAUCAGGAUUCUUCAUGUAAUCAAGUGACAGAUUAACAUUGUGAGAAGGUACUUUUGUUACUUUUUUUUUUUCCAGAAGAAAUGUCAUUUUUAUACUCAUUUCAUAGCUUUGUAAUAUAUUCUGUAUGCAUAUUGCUGUAUAUGCAAGAAAAAGCUGUUUGAUGUAAAUUUUAUUUUAUAGCAUUUUUUUGUACUGGGAGUAUGUUCAUUACCUUUAAGCGCUUGAGUUAACUGGACUUUGUAAGUCAGCAUUAGCUCAUUUGAUACUGCUUUUGCCCCCCUGAUGAAGCACUCUCUGCCUUUUUGUGCUUUCAAUGCUGAGCUUGUCAUGCUUAAAGAUUUGUACAAAUUCAUUUUGCACAUCAGUAAGAUUUGUGAAAGUGUGUUGUAGAUAUGCAUAUGCAGAUUAUGCAUUUGGUAACAUUAUUUUACACUUUAUUUGGAUAGUCAUUUGUAGAUGCUUAAUGAAUUUCCAGUGAUCAUUUACUGAAUGAACAGUUCUAAGUAUAGCCUGAUAUAUUUGGUCAACUGAGAAAUAACUGAUUAGUCUGUCAGUGUCAUAGAUCAUCUAUAGCAGACCUUCCAGAUAAAGUGGUACUUUUUCUUCUGCAGCUGAAUAAUGUGUGAAAAGUGGAUCUGACUGAUAACAUUUGACAUGUAUGAUAAACUUGUAGACCAAUUGGUCUCAAUAAAUUUGGAGAAAGAUA